CCCUGGAUAAAGGAAAAUUAUUUUACAUUUAGAGUAAGAAGGACAAAUAAAAAAAGAGAGAAUAAUAAAAGGGCAAUAACUUUAUUUGGAAACAUGAAGCUCAAAUAAACUGAAUUUGCAGCAUUAUUGGUGAAAUAGCAAGCACCGAGUGGCAGAGUUGCAAUUGCAAUAUGCAGAUCCUUCACAUCCCAUGCUUGGAAGAUAACUACUCUUACAUGAUUAUUGAUGAGCCCACGAAAGAAGCAGCGGUAGUAGACCCCGUCGAGCCUCACAAGAUUCUUAGGGUAGCUCAAGAAAACGGGGUUCACCUCAAGCUUGUCCUCACCACCCACCACCACUGGGAUCAUGCUGGUGGCAAUGAAAAGAUGAAGCAGUUGGUGCCGGAUAUCAAAAUCUUUGGGGGUUCCCUUGAUAAUGUGCAGGCCUGCACUAACAAACUUGAUAAUGGGGAUAAGUUAUCUCUUGGGGCUGAGAUCAGUAUAUUGUCUCUCCAUACACCAUGCCAUACCAAGGGUCAUAUAAGUUACUACGUCACGGGCAAAGAUGGAGAUGAGCCUGCUGUUUUUACUGGUGAUACCUUGUUCAUUGCUGGCUGUGGAAAGUUUUUUGAAGGCACAGCAGAACAGAUGUAUCAGUCAUUAUGUACUACCCUUGGUUCUUUGCCAAAGCCAACUCGAGUAUAUUGUGGUCAUGAGUAUACAAUGAAGAACUUGCAGUUUGCCUCGACUGUGGAGCCAGAUAAUGUAAGCAUAUCACAAAAAUUAUCAUGGGCUGAGCAGAAGAGAAAGACCGGUCUUCCAACUGUACCCUCAACCAUCAAGGAAGAAUUCGAGACUAAUCCAUUCAUGCGUGUUGAUCUGCCCGAGAUUCAGGAGAAAGUUGGGUGCAAGUCAGCUGUUGAAGCGCUACGGAAGAUACGACAGCUAAAGGAUGAGUGGAGAGGAUGAAGAAGUAAGACUCAUGUUUAUUGGUGUUUGUUCUUUCAAUUUUCAAACAAUUACUCUACUUUUUAUAUUAAGCUUAAAGGAUUGGUCGAUCGAUCUUACACUUUGCCUUAGCUUGUUCGUUUAUAUAAUAAAAAAACAAUACUUGUUGAGUUCAA